CUUCUUCAACUCAAAUGGCUCCUAUCAACAGGAGGAGCUCGCGCUUCAGAUAGCGCUAUUAUUAAUAGUGGACUACUAACCAGGGGUCUCUCUCUCUCUCUCUCUCCCUCUCUCUCUCUCUCUCUCUCUUUCUUUGGCUGCCUGUCGCGUUGUGUAGCGUUAUAAAAGCCCGACUAGAGAACUGUGAACGUGAGUCCUGUGCUGCUGAAACCGCAGACGUACACGGAUACAUACAGCGCACGAGCACAGGGAUUUUAGAGUCUUCUGAGAUCCUUGGAACGCGAGUUUUUCUGCAAACGGUGACAAAAUGAAGGUCGCUGCACUUCUUAUCCUCGGUUGCCUGGUUUGGGAAGGUUUGGCAAAGCCUCAGUUUCCAGAACAAGAGAAAGACCCUGAUUUCUGGAAGGGUUGGGCUCAGCGCACACUGAAAAAUGCUUUGGACCUCCAAGAGCUCAACAAGAACGUUGCCAAGAACGUCAUCCUUUUUCUUGGUGAUGGUAUGGGUGUAUCUACGGUCACAGCAGCACGGAUUCUAAAAGGUCAAAUGAGUGGACAGAGUGGUGAGGAAACACAACUGGAGAUGGACAAAUUCCCCUAUGUUGCCCUCUCUAAGACAUAUAACACCGAUGCUCAGGUACCAGACAGUGCAGGCACUGCCACGGCAUAUCUGUGUGGGGUCAAAGCCAACGAGGGAACGGUUGGAGUGAGCGCGGCAUCUGUAAAAUCCCAGUGCAACACCACUCAGGGGAACGAGGUCACCUCCAUUCUUAAAUGGGCCAAAGAGUCGGGCAAAUCAGUGGGAAUCGUCACAACAACACGAGUGAAUCAUGCCACACCGAGUGCCUCGUAUGCCCACUGUGUAGAUCGGGACUGGUAUUCAGACGGGGAGAUGCCAGCGGAAGCGCUGCAGAGUGGAUGCAAAGACAUUGCCAGACAACUCUUUGAAAAUAUCCCUGACAUUAAUGUAAUUAUGGGGGGUGGGCGGAAAUAUAUGUACCCCAAAAACACACCAGAUGUGGAAUACCCAGGAGACAAGAAACACAACGGUACACGCAAAGAUGGCAGAAACCUUGUGGGGGAGUGGAUUGACAGAAUGAAGGAUAAGAGAGGUUACUAUGUUUGGAACAAGAAGGAUCUCCUUUCCCUGAAUCCAAAUAAUGUGGAUUAUUUGUUGGGUCUCUUUGAGCCAGCAGACCUGUCCUAUGAGCUUGAGAGAAACCAAGAAACUGACCCUUCCCUCACGGAGAUGGUAGACGUGGCCAUUAAGAUCCUGAAAAAAAAUGAACGAGGGUUCUACUUGCUGGUGGAAGGUGGGCGCAUUGACCACGGACACCAUGAGGGCAAAGCGAAGCAGGCCUUACACGAGGCCGUGGAAAUGGAUCGGGCCAUUACUCGAGCUGGCCUCCUCACCAGCGUUUAUGACACAUUAACCGUCGUCACGGCUGAUCACUCUCAUGUCUUCAGCUUUGGAGGCUACACACCUCGGGGAAACUCAAUCUUUGGUUUGGCCCCCAUGUUGAGUGAUAUUGACCAGAAGCCCUUCACAUCCAUUUUGUACGGAAAUGGCCCAGGGUUCAAGUAUGUUAACGGUUCUAGAGAAAAUGUCUCAACUGUGGACUACGAGCAAAACAACUAUCUGGCUCAGUCUGCCGUUCCCUUGCGCUCCGAGACUCAUGGCGGUGAAGACGUGGCCAUCUUCUCCAAAGGCCCCAUGGCUCAUCUUCUUCAUGGAGUCCAGGAGCAGCAUUACAUUCCCCACGUCAUGGCCUACGCCGCGUGCAUCGGCCAAAACAAAGACCACUGCCGUGCAAACUCCGGCUCCUCUUCUCUCAGCCACAUCUCCCCAGUGCUAGCCGUUCUUCUCUCAGUUACAUGGCUUCUGUGCUGACCACUCUUCUUCAGAUCAUCUCUUAUCCUACUGAUUAGACCAAGAGCUGAUUCUCUAAAGUGGAGUUUAUGAUUUUUUUUAUAUGUGAUUCGUUUUUAAAGCAUUUUGUCAACUUCAGGACCAAUGUGUGGGCAUUUUGAAGAGACCAAUAUGAAGAGACUCUGUUGCAAUAAUGGAAACAAAUUGUAAAACGUGGUUAAUUCCUUUUACUGUGAUUCAGUACAGAAGUGCAAAUGUGAGUGUGACAUUGCUGUUCCCUAAAGAACAUUAAUGAAUAAUUUAGAUCAAAUCUGGCCAGCAAAAAUACUUCAGAAGGACGCCAAAAAAAUAUCGCGCUUUCUGUGUCGCAAGGCAACAUGCAGAUUGACCGUCUGUCUGUGGAACGAAUUGUUGUUUACCAAGCUCACAUUACAGCAAUUUAACUCUGAAAUUUUGUGAGGUCUGCUGUCACAUGAGAUCAGUUUUUUCUUGAAAGAAAUUAAUGUUUAUUCAGCAAGGAUGGAUUAAAUUGAUCAAAAGUGUCAUAGAGCGUGGCAAAAAGGGACAAAAAUAUUUAUACUUGAGUAAAAGCUUUUUUACUUUCUAUUCAUCAAAGAAUCCCCAAAAAAGUAUCAUAGUUUCGACUAAAAUAUAAAACAUCACUACUGUUUUCAACAUUGAUAAUAAGAAAUGUUUCAUAAUAGAAACACCACUUUUGGACACUACUUGAUCGUCUCUCGGCGCCCCUAGGAAGUAGAGCACUAUAUAGUGAGCUCACCAGCAUAAUAGAAACACCACUUUCGGACACGACUCGAUCGUCUCUCGGCGCCCCUACCCCCUAUGUAGGGGGUAGGGUGUAGAGCACUAUAUAGUGAGCUCACCAGCAUAAUAGAAACACCACUUUCGGACACUACUCGAUCGUCUCUCGGCGCCCCUAGGAAGUAGAGCACUAUAUAGUGACCUCACCAGCAUAAUAGAAACACCACUUUCGGACACUACUCGAUCGUCUCUUGGUGCCCCUACGCCCUAUGUAGGGGGAUAGGGAGUAGAGUACUAUAUAGUGACCUCACCAGCAUAAUAGAAACACCACUUUCGGACACUACUCGAUCGUUUCUUGGUGCCCCUAGGAAGUAGAGCAAUAUAUAGUGAGCUCACCAGCAUAAUAGAAACACCACUUUCAGACACUAUCGAUCGUCUCUCGGUGCCCCUACCCUAUAGGGGGUAGGGAGUAGAGCACUAUAUAGUGACCUCACCAGCAUAAUGGAAACACCACUUUUGGACACUACUUGAUCGUCUCUCGGCGCCCCUAGGAAGUAGAGCACUAUAUAGUGAGCUCACCAGCAUAAUAGAAACACCACUUUCGGACACGACUCGAUCGUCUCUCGGCGCCCCUACCCCCUAUGUAGGGGGUAGGGUGUAGAGCACUAUAUAGUGAGCUCACCAGCAUAAUAGAAACACCACUUUCGGACACUACUCGAUCGUCUCUCGGCGCCCCUAGGAAGUAGAGCACUAUAUAGUGACCUCACCAGCAUAAUAGAAACACCACUUUCGGACACUACUCGAUCGUCUCUUGGUGCCCCUACCCCCUAUGUAGGGGGAUAGGGAGUAGAGUACUAUAUAGUGACCUCACCAGCAUAAUAGAAACACCACUUUCGGACACUACUCGAUCGUUUCUUGGUGCCCCUAGGAAGUAGAGCAAUAUAUAGUGAGCUCACCAGCAUAAUAGAAACACCACUUUCAGACACUAUCGAUCGUCUCUCGGUGCCCCUACCCUAUAGGGGGUAGGGAGUAGAGCACUAUAUAGUGACCUCACCAGCAUAAUGGAAACACCACUUUUGGACACUACUUGAUCGUCUCUCGGCGCCCCUAGGAAGUAGAGCACUAUAUAGUGAGCUCACCAGCAUAACAGAAACACCACUUUCAGACACUACUCGAUCAUCUCUUGGUGCCCCUACCCCCUAUGUAGGGGGAUAGGGAGUAGAGUACUAUAUAGUGACCUCACCAGCAAUAAUAGAAACACCACUUUCAGACACUACUCGAUCGUCUCUCGGCACCGUCGAUUACGUCAUUGCUGUCGCCCGUCCGUCUUUUCAGCGCAAUGCAUGACGGUAUGUAGGGCUUGGGUUAGUGACCAUCGGUUGUAUACUACUUUUCAAAAUGCAUUCUGGGAUACAUUGAAUGGACUAUAUAGGGUAUAAUAAUCAUCACUAUACAUUCGGACAGCACUACAAAAUGGCGAGCUCACUAUAUAGCCCACUAUAUAGUGAGUAGUGGUAGAUUUUGGACAUAGCCUAUGUCUGUUUAGGAGCUCCAUAUUUUUUUACUGUAUUUUUGAUUAAAUAAAUGCAGCCUUGUUGAUCAUAAGGGACUUUCAAAAACAUUUAAAAAUACCGACCCCAAAUUUUUGAACAGUAGUGUUUGUCAACACUAGAAGAGUUUGACAUUUGUGUAGUGUGAGCUUGGCUUUUAUAGUUACCUGAUAUAGUUACAUAUCAUCAGGUCUAAUGUGAAAAUGACUCGAAGGAUUUUUUUUUUUUUUUUUUCAGCAUUUUAUAAUUUUUUUCCUACAUUUGAAAUCAAAAUACUAUCUACCUCACUGGCAUGUGAUGUCCUGCAUUACAUCCCGCUGUGAAGACCAGUUCAAAAAACUCCAUUAAAAGCAAGUCACUCAUUUUGAGCAACUAUUACAAUUGACAAAGGACUCAAGCCACGUUUUUUUAUAGGAAUCCAUUGUAUGCAAAAAAAAAAAAAAGUACAUUUAAAUCCAUUGGAAAUGCUUGAUUCAUUAUAUUGAUUGAUCUGAAACAUUUCUGUAUCUGUAUAACAUGUUUGAUGAUCAUCAGACCAAAUGUGCUGUAUAUUUUUGAAACACUGUUUAUCUUUCAUGUUUUCACAUUUUAUUGAAACCUGAAUCUGAAUGGGGGUGCAAUCGUUGUUUGUGUGUUUAUAGCAGUCUGUAAGUCUCUAUGAAUGUUGGCAGUUCAUGAAUAUUGACAAACAUAUGGAUUUUAAGUAAAUGAGAGUUUAUAUUCCUUGGCUAUAUUCAAAAAUGCUCUCAAAUA